GUGGGGUUGGAGCAUCCAGGGGUACACGGUAAUAAGUAGGAUGGAAGGAUCCGUUUGUAAUCAGAAACACUAAGGCUCAGAAAGACAAAUAUUGCGAGAUCUCAAAUGUGGAAUCUAAGGGAGUCCAACUCCUAGCCGUGUUCAAGGGGAGGUGAUCAAGGAGUACGCUAUUCAGUUACAAGAGAAACAGGCUCUGUGGAUCCAACUGUAGCAUAGAUGGUGAUGGUGUGCACACACAUUAAUUGGAUUGUGGGAAUCACAAGGGGAAAUGGCGUCCUGCUUGAGGGAGAGCUGGUGGAUGUAUCUCGGCACAGCAUUUUGGAUACCCAUGGCAGGAAGGAGCGCUACUAUGUGCUGUAUAUCCGGCCCAGUCGCAUCCACCGCCGUAAGUUCAACCCCAAUGGAAAUGAAAUUGAGCCCAACUUCAGUGCCACCAGGAAGGUGAACACAGGCUUCCUCAUGUCCUCUUACAAGGUGGAAGCCAAGGGAGACACGGACAGGCUCACGGCCGAGGCUCUGAAGGCGUUGGUGAACAAGCCCGAGCUGCUGGCGCUGACAGAAAGCCUCACCCCGGACCAGACGGUAGCAUUCUGGAUGCCUGAGUCAGCGAUGGAAACAAUGGAGCUGGAGCUGGGGACUGGAGUGCGCCUGAAAACUCGGGGUGAUGGCCCCUUUGUAGAUUCGUUAGCGAAGCUGGAAUCUGGGACAGUGACCAAGUGUAAUUUUGCUGGUGAUGAAAAGACAGGGACAUCCUGGACAGACAACAUCAUGGCCCAAAAGUCUUCAGCGGUGGCCACAGCAGAGAUCCGAGAGCAAGGAGAUGGGGCCGAAGAUGAGGAGUGGGAUGACUGAGGGGCCUCCCAUCUGCUUCUUCUACGGCACUGCUGAGAAUUGCCACCUUGAAGACGACAAUCCGCCGAGCUUCUCCCUCCCGACCCCGCUCUUCCUUCAGUUGUCCCUGAACACCAUUCAACAAGCUCUGCUGAAAUUGAAUCCAAGACCAAAACAUUCUCCAAGGAA